CUAUACACACUGUAUACCCGUUCCCCUUCCUCCACUUUCUCAAUUCAGUUCUCGGUCUCGUUUCUCAUCGCCAUGACCCAAAAAUGAUUUUAUUUUGACGUGAGAAAAAAAUGAAGAAGUUCGUUCCCCAUUCGCAACUGAAAAUAGAACCAUUCGAUUGAUGUCGAAAAGACUAAAAACCAUGACGUAUUUUCCAGCGGAGGUUUUAGAGCGGAUAUUCGCACUGCUCACGUCCCAGAGAGACCGGAACAGCGUGUGUCUGGUCUGUAAGUACUGGUGGAAGGUGGAGGCUGGAUGCAGAUUGAGGGUUUCUGUGAAGAAUUGUUAUGCUUUGGGGCCUAAUAGGGUUUUGGCGAGGUUUCCAAGGAUGAGGGCUUUGAGCCUGAAGGGAAAGCCCCAUUUUGCUGGUUUGAACAUGGUGAAUUGGGGUGGUUUUGCUUUGCCUUGGAUUGAGUUCUUCGCCAAGAAUUGUCCAUGGCUACAAGAGCUUCGAUUGAAGAGGAUGGUUGUUUCCGAUCAGAGUCUUCAAAUGAUUUCUCUUUCCUUUUCGGAGUUUGAGUCUCUGUCUUUGAUCCGCUGUGGAGGGUUCAGCCCUGUUGGGCUUGCAGCCAUUGCUUCCAAUUGCAGGUUUCUUAAAGAGCUGGUAUUGCUGGAAAAUGAAGUUGAAGAGGACAUAGGCCAUAUACUUGGUGUUGGGGUUGGAGAUGGCAUAGGCCAGUGGCUUAGUUGCUUUCCUGAAAGCUGCUCGUCUCUUGUCUCCCUGAAUUUUGCAUGUACUAAAGGAGUAGUGAAUUUGGAAGCUCUUGAGAAACUGGUUGCUAGAUGUCCAAACCUCAGGAGCCUGCGGUUAAACCGCCGAGUGCCACCUAAUGUUCUCCAGAGACUCCUGCAGCAGGCACCUCAACUGGAGGACUUGGGGAUAGGGUCUUUUUCCAACUACACAGACCGGAGAACUUACUUGAGACUGCAGAAUGCUGUGUCGAAAUGUCGAUCAAUCCGGAGCCUAUCUGGUUUUUCAUCGUUUACCCCUCUGUAUCAGGCUGCUAUUUACCCUAUGUGCUCAAACCUGAUUUCCUUGAACCUGAGCAAAGCAGUAGAGCUUCCAGCUCACAGUCUCAUGGAGAUAAUUUCCCGCUGCAAAAAACUUCAAAAUCUUUGGGUCUUGGAUAAUAUUGGCGACAAGGGGCUAGGAUUAGUGGCUGAUACUUGUAAAAACCUUCAAGUGUUGAGGGUAUUUCGACUUGGUUCCCAUAAUGAAGGGAAUCCAGCUCUAACUGAAGAAGGUCUAAUUGCUAUAUCCAUGGGUUGCCCUCAACUUCAUUCUUUGGUAUAUUGCUGUGAUCAGAUGACAAAUGCUUCCCUAAUAACUGUUGCCAGAAACUGUCCUAAUCUCACCAACUUCAAAUUAUGCAUCAAUGACCCAAAGACGCCUGAUCAUACAACUUCACAACCUUUUGAUGAAGGCUUUGGGGCAAUCGUUCAGUCAUGCAAGGGGCUCAGACGGCUGUCACUGUCUGGCCUUCUAAGUGACCAAGUUUUCCUCUACAUUGGAAUGUAUGCAGAGCAGUUAGAAAUGCUUUCAAUUGGAUCUUCUGGGGGAGGUGAUAAAGAAUUAUCCUAUGUCUUAAAUGGUUGUAGGAACCUCAUGAAAUUGGAGAUCAAGGGCAGUCCCUUUGUUGAUGCUGGACUCCUGGAAGAGAUAGUGAAGCAUGAAAAAAUACGAUGCCUCUGGAUUUCAUCCUCCAAAGUUACUCUUGGAGGAUGCAGGGCACUCUCAAUGCAGGUGCCCAUGAUGAACAUAGAGAUCAUAGGGGAAAACAACAAGAUGAAGAAGGAUGAUGAUCAUAAGGUCGGGAAAAUGUACCUCUACCGAACCCUCAAUGGACCCAGAAAAGAUGCACCAGCUUCUGUUUGGACUCUGUAAUGGCCUCCUGCAUUCUCUUGAAGAAGUUGGGAGUUCUUUUGCUCUGAAGGUAGUUGCCGAGUUCCUUAUCAGACUACUAUUUACCCCUUUUUUUUCUCCAAUUUUCUGAAUUAUAUGGUAGUGAAUCAGAACCAUAAUCAUCUGGGCAUAUUGUUCCUGAAACUCUUGUUAAUAUCAUUUCUGUGGUUCUUGUUCCUGAACUCUUGGCUCCUUCCAUGUUGAAACCAUAAGUAAAAAUAAUGUGUUUUCUCU